GGGUGUGGAGAAAUCCGAGGCGGGCAGGAAGACCUACGAAGGGAGGAUGUUUAGGACCUUCUUCCUCACGUCCGUCUUCGACAGCGCUGGGACGGACUGGGUCAAGGAAGACAAGAAGGUCUCCCUUGACCUGCGUCUCUUCCAAGGAUACGGCGUCAAGGCUUUCUCCAUGAAAGCGUUUGACGUGCGUGGGAACGGAACUGAAUUCCGAAUGCUUUCUCCGGAAGAAUUUCUCAGCAAAACAAAUGCCAACCGCGUCACUGGCUGCCUUCCUGUUGUCGACAGUUCUUUCCGGAUGAGCAAACCUUUGGUCCAAUUCAACAGUCCGAUGGACCUGCUGCCAGGUGUGGUUAAGCGGUACAGGGAAGACUUCUCGAAGCUGCCGCCUGAUCAGCAAACGGACUGUGUUGUUUUGCCCUUCGAGGCGGGUUCCAAGGCGACAAACGCCGUCCGCGACGACAGGGAAGACAAAGCAGUUGCCGGGUGGGCCUGCAAUUGCCCUGGACUGGACAACGACGAGGACGAGGAAGGAGGAAGUGCUGGGCCGCAUGACGACGGCGGUAAUGAAGCAGAUGUGGAAGUUGGGGAUGACAACAUGGAGGACCAGGGCGGGCUUGCUGACGAGGACGCCGACACGCCAAUGCAUGGUCAUGACAUCUCCCCCGCCGGCGCUGUGGGAGCCACUAUUGGUCAGCCCUCGACGUCCCGUGGAAUUUUGCUAUCGCAAAGCAAGAGUAAGGGUGGGCACGACUCACAUGCAAUGCAAGGACCGAAGGCGAGGAAAAGAACAAGGGAGACUUCUCCGUCUGCUUCUACCCACAAGAGGCAAGCCAGGACUGACGCUGUUAAUGAGGCUCGUGGAGCUUCGACAGCGUCCCAGGAGGCGCGGCCUCCUCGGAAGAACAGUCAAGGGGGGCGAUCUGGGGGUCAAGGCGGUGGCCGUGGAGGGGCGCGGAAAGGCUCCCAGAGGGUGAGACCACAAGAGCUGUGGGACUCGGGGGAUGAGGGCAAGGGAGUGGAUCCUCGCAUGCCCGAAGAUGCUGAUGAGCCGGUUCAGCGCAAUGCCAUCGAAAGCUCCAUCAGCACGGACCCGGGGGCGUGGGAUAGGCCCGAGCUCGUGCUUGCGCUAGUUGACCGCAAUGACAUUGUCGGCGGCCAGGGAAGACGGAUCACGCCGACCGAAUUCUUGGAAAGGGACCCGGCAGAGUUCGACUGGUACGCUGUUUGUGGUCAGCAUACCAUUGAGGCCAUGAAGAGAUUGGUCAGAAAGGGCUCCCCGGCAGUUAAAGUUUAUGGCCUCAACGCGUACUCUAAGGUGCGGGUCGUCUAUUUCGGAGAUGAUCAAACACGAGGGUAUUUCAAUGUCUCCUGCUUCGACAACACACGCGAAAAUCGCUCCAUGAUGUUGUCAUUCGAGGACGUUGUCYGUGACAUCAGGCAAUGGUGGAUAGACAACAAUAGAAUCGAGGCCCCGAAAGCCAAGGUCAGCGAGAAGGAUGAGGUGGCCGUUGCACAUCAGAAGACGUGGCAGAACUUCUUGAGGGCCUGCAUGGGGAAGGCAUGCGACAAGGCGUUUGUAAAGCAAGCUCUCGAGAAUGAGUAUAGUAAGGAUUGGAGUAAUAAACUCCGGGGCUACAUGAACCUCGCCACAUCUUGUGUCGCAGUGUGGCCGCUGGUCGAGACAUUCUUCGAGAUGUUCAACGAAGGAAAGCCGCCAGUUGGCGAUGGCAAAAUCCCGCUUGACAUGCCCGGGAGAAUGGAAGGCCGCCUGCCAGGCCCGUACACCAACGAGACCAAGGGACAAAGAACAUUGUACCAUUGCAUAUAUGCAAUAGAUGGUCCCAAAGGCUCCACCGUCUUGCCUCCAAGAGUGAACACAGAGUGCCUCCUCGACAUCAUGCGAAAGGAGCGGUGCAUGGUGCGUAUGUUCAAUUAUGUUCUGUUCCGCGCCGAGGGAAGGGCGGACGACGAAUGGAACGACGCGUUCUUCAUGUCGUACAAGGACCUUGAAAACAGGUAUGGGCCAAACGGUUUGUGCGCUGCUGAAUGGGAUAAGGAACGGGACAAGUUACAUGUCCAUAAGGUGAAGAUGGUCCCUCGACGACUUGGAGGAGUGGAGGAGGCAAGGCAAGGCGUGGGUUUGGGGCCUACAGCGGCAAUGUAUAAGGAGGCUCCGUUUCACCUUAAGGUCUUCAUAUACACUGCAAUCGAUAAGCUCGAUUUGUUUCGUGCCGAGGUGAAACGGAUCACCUCCAGCGCGUGUCGUAUUGUGUGGGACAAGAUUGGCAAACAAACGACGUUGCUACCUGUGUGCAUGCCAUCGAAGGAAGUGUUGGCAGCGCCAGACGACAUCGUCGCUGCAGCGCAAAAAAUGACAUGCAGGGCCGCCAUCGUGGACAUCCCAUUCUCGAACUUCAGCACGGCGUGGACCUCUCACGAAUUUGAUGCCUUGCACACAUUGAUGACCAAGUGUUGUGGCCAGAAUUGGGUCCUUUUCUUCUUUGCGCCGCAGAAGGUGCAAAGCGAUGUUCUGCGUCACUUGUUCCACUCGGAGGACGUCGAAGUCAUCCCCGGGACCUGGAAACGGGUGGAUAGGCCACCGAACGACAUCACACGAUACGGCAAUAUGGCUACGACGAGUCGAGAUAUGAUGGCAAUUGUCCUGCACGCCGACGGAGGGGAUCUGAAAAAAGUAACUCUCAAACCACGACUCCACAACGACCUCACAACCGUGCACGUUAUGGAGGAGAAGUUCGGGAAGUGUCAAGGUGUGCUUUUGUUGGGUAGAGCGCACGCAUGUCUUGUGUGGGAGUUAUUACUGGCAAGUAAUAAUGUCCUUGCCUGCGACGAGUCGGCCAAGGACAUUGCAUAUCUGACAAAGUUCGUCGAUAUACUUGUGAAGGAUGAGAGAUUCGCCUGUCAUGUCGAGAAGCCACGUUGCAAACAUCGUAGCAACAGGGACAUAUUCCACAAGUUGGGACGCAAGAGACUGAAGGUGUGGGAAUACCUGUUCCGCGAUGCGCCGCAAGGACGGCUUGACGGGAAUUACAUCUACAGAAAAGCAAAGGUGACAGAGACCCUGAAACAUUAUCACGGUGCUCUUACUGGCGCCUUUGAGACUUUUGUUGCUCGAUGCGAGAUCCUGAAGUUCGAUCUUCAUAAAGACCAGUUGAUGUCCAAGGACUACGUUGACCUCGCGAAAGCGGGUGAUGGCUUUAACCCCGUCGACAGCGAGGAAGAUUCUUCGGUGUCCGACCUCGAAUUGGGCGAUGGCAAGGGUGGUGAAGGUCCGGGCGGUGGCAUGGUGCGGUCACACGAUGAAGGGACCGUUCGCUCGCAUGAAAGACCCGUACAGGUGGCCGCCCCCAGUGUUGGCUCGAUGGUGGCCCCCAUGGAGGGCACCAGUUUGCCAAACAUGGGAAUAUGUGGUCCCAAUGAUGAAGAUGACAUUGAUAUGCCAGGCGAGGCGUCGAAGCUCGCACCAGGCGAUCCAAUUCCUCCCGGCUAUUGUGCUGAUCCGACCACAAUUUAUUUCUUGGGGGGCAAACACGCCCGCACUCGUGAGGACAAGUGGGGCCAUGACAUCGUGUGGCAUGAGGGCAUUUUUGAGCCGGGCAUCCAAGAUGGGGAGUGGAAGAUGGCGGUCAAAUACACACGCGGAUGGCAGACGUUUCGCCGGAUGCCAAAGGACACAUGGCUGAAAAUGACAGAACUCGCGAUUAUGUACCGCGUGCAAAAGGAGAAUCCGGGGAAGAGCGAGGGCGCUGUCAAAGACAAGGCCAAAGAAUUGUUUUCUGUAUUGCGAGACAAUCAGCAGUUGGAGUAUAGUUGGAAAUUUUACGCCCUGCGAACGAGUCCCUCAUGUGGGUCAAUCGACUGGAAGGUCAAUCAAACUAUCGGAACCAUGGAGGAGAGCAACUCUCAAGAUGCCGUGCCUUUGUCGGCAUCGCCCCCCGUACCCACGCAGGCAGGGCAGAGGGAGGAUGGCGGGAGUAAUGUGGUGAAGACUCAAGAGGUUCACAUGACGUCUAUGCCGCAAAUCUCCGUCGACACGACAGAACCGUCCAAACGCAUGGAUGCGUCAAAUGCAUUGUCGUCAGAUGCAGGUGCCACGUACGAGAGUUUAUUAUUGACAUCCGCCGCAUUAGAAGGCACAUCCGAAAUGCAGUCAGAGUCAGGUGUUGGCCUGAGCGUGCCGGACAGUCAGUUGCAACCGGAGUUAUGCACAGGCAAAGGUGAUGCACAAGUACAUCUGACACCACAGGGAGGGGCCGUUGCGGAUGGUGGGAAGGGAGAGGAUGUGGAGGGAAUCCUCCAUCCUCGCAAUCUUGAGACCUUAACCGAUGAUUUCGAUUAUGGGGGUGAGGGUGGAAAUGAUGUGCUCAAUACGAGGGGAGUGUGAAAUGAUCGGUGAGGCGGGACGGGGGCAAUGGAGAGGGAGAAACCAACGAUAUGAUUACAAUGUUAUUCUUUUCUUUGUUAAUUGAAAUCGCACAAUUGACUCGU